GCCACGAAUUGCCAAGUCGAUACAUCAACACUCCACGCAUGCUGCUUCGCUUUCGGAGAAGACGUAGAUAACGUCGCCCAGUAUCUUGUCCCUACUAUUCUGUUUUACAGAACAGCUAGCGUCAUGUCUGCUUCUACCAACCCAGAUCCUAUCAAGGAUUCCGGCGCUUCCAAAUCAAAGAAGAAGAAGAACAAGAAGAAGGGAGGGAACAGCGGAGCUGCGAAGACGGACGAGACUUCAAACGGACAUGCCGAGCAGGGCAAGCACGACGUAGAGCAAGACGAGACACAGGAUGAGGAGGAAGAGCAGAGUAAAACCGCCAUUGAACCGCAAGAAGAGCCAGACGAUGUCGAAGACGAGCCGCAAUCACUCUCUCCGACUGGGCAACCAAACGGCACAAAUCCCCACUCGAUAUCUUCCGCUGUUGCACUUGGUCUUGCACGAUCUCGCUCCCAAGGUGGCCUAGCAUCACCGCCCCCGCCGACCGAUGCGACCGCCCGACUCGAAGCUCUAGCGAAAGAGCGUGAUACCCUACGGCAGGAGGUUACAGAACUCCGCAAAAGCUUAGAAGGCAUACAGGGAAAACAUGAUGAGGAAGUCGCAACCUUGCAAGGAGACCUAGAGGAGGCGAAUGAGGCCAAAGAGCAUGUCGAGACCCAAUAUCGGAACCUGCUCGGAAGAGUCAACACAAUCAAGAGUUCAUUAGGUGACAGAUUGAAGGCUGAUGCAGCUAGACUUGAGGAAGCCUCGGCGACCAUAUCCGAACUAGAGGAACAGAACAAAGAUCUGCUUGACAAUAACAACUCAUUGGCGGAACAGAUAGCGAAGCUCCGCGAAGAAGCUGAGUCUCAAGCAUCCGAGGUCUCCAUACUCCGCGAUCGAUCCAACCUCUCACAGCAAAACUGGGUCAAGGAGCGCGACGAGCUGAUUUCAAAAGAAGCUGCUGCUCGCGAGGAUUUUGAGAAUGCUAAGCAGGCCAUGCAAGAUUGGGAAGCGCUAGCUCUGAAUGAACGAUCGCUGCAUGACAAUUUGAAAGAGAGGAUGGCAGAGCUCGGCGAGCAACUAGAUUCGUUGCGAGAGGCGCAUGAUAAGGCUGUCGGUGAACGUGAUAUCAACAGCCAAGCUGUAGAUGGUCUUCAGAAAGCGCUUCAGGAGAUCCAGAACGAGCGCAAAUUAGAGCGGAGACAGCUUGUCGACAAGUACGAAGCGGAUCUUAGUGGUCUCCGAAAGCAAGUGCAGAUCUCAGAGGAAGCCGCCGCUGCUUCCAAAACUGCGCUUGAAUCAACUCAGAAGGAGCUAGAAAGAGCACUGCCUUUUGAGAAGGAGGUAAAGGAGAAAAAUCUCUUGAUUGGCAAACUGAGACAUGAGGCCGUGACAUUAAAUGAGCACUUGACAAAAGCGUUACGAAUCCUCAAGAAGGGCAGACCGGAGGAUAACGUAGAUCGGCAAAUCGUAACCAACUACAUCCUUCAUUUCCUCGCAAUUGAUCGCUCCGACCCGAAGAAGUUCGAGGCACUUCAGCUCAUCGCCGCGCUACUCAAUUGGAAUGAGGAACAACGCGAGCAAGCAGGUCUUGCACGGCCGGGCGCUUCAAACACGAAUCUCCGUAUCCCACUAUCACCCUUCCGCCGCACUCCCUCCACACCGUCGCUCAAUAGCGCACUUGUUUCUGAUCCGAUGCUCAUGGCAAGCAGCUCCAGCAACAAGGAAUCGCUGGCGGAGUUGUGGUCGGAUUUCCUUCAACGGGAGGCAGCUGAGGGGGCCGGUUCUCGGAGGGAGAGCGAGACAUCGCCGCCUCCGAGAAGUGAAACUGCAUCUGGCCUGGGCAUCACUGAGAAGUAGUUGAAACAGUUGAUGUGCUUUUGUCGAGUUAUUGUAUUUAUAUAUGGAUACCUCUCGGUUUCGUGGCAUUUCUGGGCCACCUAUGCAUUCGGCGCGAGGCAUUUUUUCCUACUUCUACAAAGACAUGGGCUUUCUUUAUGCCCAUCCUGCUCAAAUGCAUAAACAGCAUUCUAGAUUUGCCUGAAUUGAUUUGAUACACGGAAUGCAAGGACCAUCGCUACCAUCGAGCGCAAUACAGAUCCUGAAUCCUGUUACAUCUAUAGUACAUUUCUUCUCUCAUCAUUUGCUUCAUCGCGUCCACCUCUUCU